AGUUUAGCGCAAUCAGUCAGUGCUACCCACAAGGCCCGUGAAGUAAGAGGUUGGGCAAUCCCUGGAGUCUGGACAACUCUCAGUAAAAAAAUUAGAAAAUGUAAUUACACAUUCUCAAAACAACAAAAACAUGUUCAUUAGUUGAAACGUGAAACCAAGUGUGCUUAGUGCGGUCUGCUUUCGUUCGCUUGAGUCACUUCUGUCGCAACUUCUACACAUCUGAACCGAAACCCAGUCGGACAUUUUGGAUCGGCUUUCCAGCACCAUGGCAUCCUCAUACGGUACCAGUUCCCCAGCUGCUUCGAUGUUUAGAAACCCGCCAACGGCUCUGCAGCUGCUGCUGGAGGAAAUCAACUUCCAGCGGACAAAGGAGAUGCGACAGCUGCUGAAAGAUGAUGGCGGCUUCGUCGUGCUACAGGGCACCACCUAUUGGACAGAUCUCUUCGUGCGGCAUUUCCUGUUUCAAACGGAAAAGGUGCACAGUAUCGACUGCGACGACUUGCUGUUCUUCGUGCGCAAGAAACACGUCAAGGGAUCAUCCCGGGUGAUGCCAAAGUAUGAAACCGAAAUCGAGGUCUUUCGGAAGGACUCGAGGAAGCUGCCGAUCGGCGAUCCCGAUGUAGACUGGGAGGAAACGGUCUACCUGAAUCUGGUUAUUCAUCAGUUUGACUACACGCUAACGCUGGCUAUCUGCACCCGAACUUCGCCCAAGGAACUGCAAGUUUUGAGAAGACACUCGCAGAAAGUUUACGCUUCGCCUAGUCGACGAAAGAUGGACACCAAGGGUGAUAGUGAGGAGAUCACCUAUCCGCACAUUUGCUUUAUGGUGGAUAAUUUCGAUGAAGUUUUCCAUGACAUUUUGGUUCGCGAUGGCGAGAUGGUAUGCGUGGAGCUGGUGGCGACGGAUCGCGAUGGUAGUGUGCAGGGUGUUAUUUUCCUCGGCUCGAUACGGUACGAUGCAUUGAAAAAAGUCUACGAUGCCAGGCAAUCUAGUCUUAGUUCUAAGGUAGCCCAGCGGAUGUCAUUCGGUUUGUUCAGCUCCGGUGGCCCACAAACGCGGUGCGAAUUCGUGAGAAUGAAGGGACCGCAAGGCAAGGGUCACGCGGAAAUGGCUGUAACUAAACCGAAGGGUUCCGGGGUGGAAACUCCCACCAGUGAGCCGGGAUUCUGCGCCACAGAUAUGUGGGAUUCGGAAUGGGAAGAAGACUGUGACGAAUAUUACAACUAUCGGCAUCAGCGGCGGCUGAGUGAUCCCAGCGCGAAUCUCAACAAUUUUAAUCGGUACGGUUGGCGAACCAAGACAGCAACUGAUUCCUCGUAUGGAGGAACGAAAGCCCGUUCCGAAAAUGAGGGAUUGGAUUGUCUGGCCAAUGAGGUGUCCGAAAUUGAAGCAGGCGAUUUGAGGGACGAUCGUCCUGCUUCCUCGGUGUCCGAUUCGAAGCUAGCCGAACCCGAUUGUACCUUUGUCGGCACCACACACGGAUCGCUCGGUAAGGCCGGGAACCGUUUCUCUCUGGACGAUCGUAAGAUUUCAGUCAGCAGCAAUAGCGGCAGCUGCUGCAAUUGCUUUGGACCCCGCAAAAGGUGGAGUGAUACCGCCUCGGCACAAAUGUCCGACGUGUACUACGUGCAAUGCGCUAAAUGUGAGGCCGAAGCAUUGGAACUGGAGAUUGACUCACCCGCUUGCUUGAGUAUGGUUUCCAAAGGGCGCUCAGCGGCCAGUAAGCACCGCAAUUUACUGAUAGUGGAGAGUGAGAUUGAGUUUCCGAAUGCUAGCAAGAAAAAGAACAGAAGUAAUAGUACGGAAGGGAAGAGCCCUAGAAAUGAGAAACUAGUGUUAUCUCCGAGUUUGAAGAAGAAGAAUGUAAAUAAUAAUAAAAGCGAGAAGCCCCAGGAAGCUGUGGAGUAUGAGAUAGCCGAUGAUGCGGUGUCUUUGAAUGGCGAUCUGAGUGAUGAUGUCGUGAAGUUUGGUGUGAUGAACGAACUCGAUGCAAUGCAAAUGAUUCGGGUAAAUGGAAAAGAAGAAUUUCCGGUGGAGGAAACUAUUGGUACUAAGAAUAAAGCAAUAGCACAGAACAAAGUGUCCGGUAAAGGGGAACAGCAACUCAACACAGCCAAAGAAUGUAAAAAGUGCUUCGAGAAGAACUCGAAUGAAACGCCAGUGACUUCCAUUGCAGCAUCCAAUAAUAGUACCAGCAAUAGUAGAUUUUCUUUCAUCUAUCGCAAAAGUAGUAAUAAGUUAAAGAACAAACAAAGUAGUACUGAAGACUCGAACAAUAAGGAAAUUCUUAGGAGAAACAGCACGAGUACUAACUAUGGCACCAGUCGGAAUGACGAUGUCAACGGUAAUCGGCGUGGAAGUAAAAGUGAUCCCGAGCUAGACGAAGAGCGAGAAUUUUCCCCGGAGCAAGAGCGCCCGGAUAAUGCCAACAUAAUGGACGCACUUCGUGAUCUGCGAGCGAAAAAAGCCAGCUCAACGCUGCCGAAAGUUAAGAAGUUGACGUACAAUAGCUUUUAUCUGAGGCCGCAGUAUUUCAGUGGCCGUAUGCAGGAGAAUGUCCCGAAACGGCGCACGCCGGAUGGUACCGACAUCUACUACUGGUGUGAUUAUCAUCCGAAGAAGGGCAAAGAACUGGAUGAUGGAGCCUACAAUCCACUGUGGACAACGAAGGGUUUUACGCAGACGUUCCACUUCUGGAAGGAAAAUCGGCGCCAACAGUCAACGCCACUGAAUGCAUUUCUAACGUACGUAACGCUGCCCUGGUGGAGCAUUGCAAAAGGUACCAAAUCUACUCUGUUAGUUCAACCGUUCCGUAGAACUAAUAACGUUUCUCCAACAGAUCUUCUAGAUCAUCGCGAACAACCAAUACUGACCUUCUAGAAAAGGAGCAUUCCUAGCUGAUUGCCGAAGUCUGCUGAGCAACCUAGUCCUUUGAGAGGGAAAAGAUUGCAGGAAAACAACGUACUGAUCAAGUAUCAAAACUAUUAGUAAUAACAGCUUUUUAACUAACAACAAUUGCAACUCGAAUGUUCCGUAGAUAGUUUAGCUCCCCGGUAAAUUGUGCCCCCGAAACAGUUCCACUGCACACCCAUAGAGAACCCUACUUAAACCCAAAACUUCUACUUUUGCUAGUCAUUUCAACUUGUAACGAUUUUAGUAAUUGAUUCGAUCAACACCCCAGAAAUUUGGCUAAGUGUGAGAAAAAGGCGUCCGAAGUGUUGUCACAAAUUUUCUACAUAAAAUAGGGAUAAGCUAAUCGAUUGUGUCAUACUCCGAUUGCUUCACGUUUUGUCGGCCUUCCCCGUGAAAUGUGCUCCAAUCGGUCUAUUUUUGUAUGUACUUCAUCGUUCCCUACGGAACCAUGCUUACUUUCAUAAUUAUGUGAUCUGAACCUAUAAAUUGAUAAUCUUAUGAAAUAUUGUUAAACACAGCAAACAAAAAGUAAAGAUAACCGCUAAAAAACCAGAGAGUUUUCUUCAAGAACCCAGCGGCGGGCAGCAAGAACAAAUACAUUCUUAAGCAUUGUAUUAACAGUAA